AUGGCUGGUCUAGGGCCACAUUUGAUUGAUGAGUGUACGACAGCCGCGUUACUGUCGGGUAUGGACAUUUUUCGCAUAUGGGUGUAUGCACAGAACCUGGAGGACUGUAAGCAUCAGCGCAACGCAGAGCGUGAGCGUGGCCGAGGCCAUGGUAAGAGGGCUAGAUCUUUAGAUGUUGCUGGUUUACAGCAGCAAAGGGAAUUAAGACAAGAGAUGCUAUCUCCCCUGCGGUGUCCUAUUUGUGGUAAGAACCACUCAGGACCGUGUCGUCGGGAUACAUGUUAUACUUGUGGAGAUCCUGGACAUUUUUCUAGGGAGUGUCCGAUGAGGGUUGGAGAUAAUAUGACGUACAUAGAGAGAUCAGUUUCCGUAUCAUCACCUUCGGUGCGUGUUCCAGGGCGAGAACUUCAAACAUUUUCUAGUCGUGGUAGAGGUAGGGGUGGAGUAUCUAGCUCCGGUAGUGGUCUGAAUCGUAUCUAUGCUUUAGCAGGAAGGCCAGAUCCAGAUUCACCACCCAGCGUAGCCACAGGUACAUUGCCCUUUUAG